CCCCCUCCCCUUUAGGCAGCUGGGGAAAUCCGCUCAGCUGCUGCCUCUGCUGCCGCUGCCGCUGUGUAGCCACGGUCUGGCUCUAUAGAGGCAGCCGGGCCGGGUGGAACAGGGCCGGCACCAACUUGGGUGCUGCUUUUUGUUGCCGGCUCUCGCACCCCCUUGCCACCCCCUCCCCCUGGCAGUCUCCCCUCAAUCGCAGCUCCAGAGACUACUCCUCCCGGGUUUGCAAUGGCCCCCUCUAGAACGGGUCUCCCGCGCUGGCUCCUGCUCCUCCUGCUCUGGAGUGCGGGUGUCUUCGUGGGGGUCUCCCCGCAGCUGGGCAGCAGCGGUGGGGGCGGCGGCAAUGGGGGGUGUCCCAGCCGCUGCCUCUGCUUCCGCACCACGGUACGGUGCAUGCAUCUGAUGCUGGAGAGUGUCCCUGCUGUCUCACCCCAGACCUCCAUCCUGGACUUACGAUUUAAUAGAAUUAGAGAAAUCCAGCCUGGAACAUUUAAGCGGCUGAAAAACUUGAAUACGUUGCUUCUUAACAAUAAUCAGAUUAAAAGAAUACCCAGUGGAUCAUUUGAAGACCUGGAAAAUUUAAAAUAUCUCUAUUUAUACAAGAAUGAAAUCCAGUCAAUUGACAGGCAAGCAUUUAAGGGACUUGCCUCUCUAGAGCAACUAUAUCUGCACUUUAAUCAAAUUGAGACUUUGGACCCAGAAUCAUUCAACCAUCUUCCCAAGCUUGAAAGGCUAUUUUUACAUAACAAUCGAAUUGCUCACUUAGUUCCUGGAACAUUUAGUCACUUGAAUUCGAUGAAGCGAUUGCGACUGGAUUCAAAUGCUCUCCAUUGUGACUGUGAAAUCCUGUGGUUGGCAGACCUGCUAAAGACCUAUGCAGAGUCUGGAAAUGCCCAGGCAGCUGCUACCUGUGAAUAUCCCAGGAGGAUCCAAGGGAGAUCUGUGGCCACUAUAACACCAGAAGAACUGAAUUGUGAAAGGCCAAGGAUUACAUCAGAGCCUCAGGAUGUGGAUGUGACCUCUGGGAAUACAGUCUAUUUCACUUGCAGGGCUGAAGGCAAUCCUAAACCAGAAAUAAUUUGGCUUCGAAACAAUAACGAGCUGAGUAUGAAAACAGAUUCCCGUUUAAACUUGUUAGAUGAUGGAACUCUGAUGAUUCAGAACACUCAGGAGACAGACCAAGGAAUUUACCAGUGUAUGGCAAAAAAUGUAGCAGGAGAAGUGAAAACUCAGGAAGUCACCCUCAGAUACUUUGGUUCUCCAGCCAGACCCAGUUUUGUCAUCCAGCCACAGAACACAGAGGUGUUGGUUGGAGAAAGUGUUACUUUGGAAUGUAGUGCCACUGGCCACCCACAACCUCGAAUUACCUGGACAAAAGGUGACAGGACACCCUUGCCAACUGAUCCCCGUGUCAACAUUACUCCUUCUGGUGGUCUUUACAUCGAAAAAGUAAUACAGGAAGAUAGCGGGGAAUACAUAUGUUUUGCAACCAACAGUAUAGAUAGCAUCCAUGCAACAGCUUACAUCAUUGUGCAAGCUGUGCCUCAUUUCACUGUUACCCCUCAAGACAGAGUGGUUAUUGAGGGCCACACAGUUGAUUUCCAAUGCGAAGCACAGGGCUAUCCACAACCAGUUAUUGCCUGGACUAAAGGAGGGAGUCAACUCUCAGUAGAUAGGAGGCAUCUAGUUCUUUCAUCGGGAACUUUGAGGAUUUCAGGAGUUGCCCUUCAUGACCAGGGACAGUAUGAAUGCCAAGCUGUCAAUAUUGUAGGCUCUCAGAGGGUGGCUGUACAUUUGACAGUGCAGCCUAGAGUUACUCCCGUGUUUGCCAGUGUCCCAAGGGAUAUGACAGUGGAGGUUGGCACCAAUGUGCAGAUUCCUUGCAGUUCUCAAGGAGAACCCAUGCCAGUAAUAACAUGGAAUAAGGAUGGAGUGCAGGUAACUGAAAGUGGCAAAUUUCAUAUUAGCUCAGAGGGAUUUCUCACCAUAAAUGACGUUGGACCAGCUGAUGAAGGUCGCUAUGAAUGUGUUGCCCGGAACACAAUUGGAUAUUCCUCAGUUAGUAUGGUCCUAAGUGUUAAUGUUCCCGAUGUCAGUCGGAAUGGAGAUCCUUUUGUAGCCACUUCAAUUGUAGAGGCGAUAGCAACAGUCGACAGAGCCAUCAAUUCAACGCGGACACAUCUGUUUGACAGCCGCCCUCGUUCCCCAAAUGACUUGUUGGCCUUAUUUCGAUACCCGAGAGAUCCUUAUACUGUGGAACAAGCAAGAGCUGGGGAAAUCUUUGAAAGGACUUUGCAGCUAAUACAGGAGCAUGUACAGCAUGGUUUAAUGGUCGACCUGAAUGGAACAAGCUACCAUUACAAUGACCUUGUUUCUCCUCAAUACCUAAGUCUGAUCGCAAACCUGUCUGGCUGUACUGCCCACAGACGAAUGAACAACUGUUCAGAUAUGUGCUUUCAUCAGAAAUAUAGGACCCAUGAUGGAACUUGCAAUAACCUGCAGCAUCCAAUGUGGGGUGCAUCUCUAACUGCCUUUGAACGACUCUUGAAAUCUGUAUAUGAAAAUGGGUUUAACUUGCCACGAGGUAUUAAUCCAAAUAGGCUUUAUAAUGGAUACCAGCUCCCCAUGCCUCGUUUGGUUUCUACCACUUUGAUAGGAACUGAAUCAAUUACUCCUGAUGAGCAAUUUACCCACAUGACAAUGCAGUGGGGUCAGUUUCUUGACCAUGACCUAGAUUCUACAGUUGUUGCUCUCAGUCAGGCCCGGUUCUCUGAUGGUCAGCACUGCAGUUCUGUCUGCACCAAUGAUCCUCCCUGCUUUUCAAUCAUGAUUCCUCCCAAUGACCCUAGAGUCAGAAAUGGUGCCCGUUGUAUGUUCUUUGUACGUUCCAGCCCAGUGUGUGGCAGUGGCAUGACCUCUCUGCUCAUGAACUCUGUCUAUCCCCGAGAGCAGAUUAAUCAGCUCACUUCAUAUAUAGAUGCAUCUAAUGUUUAUGGGAGCUCAGAUCAUGAAGCCCAGGAAAUCAGAGAUUUAGCCAGCCAUAGAGGCCUCCUGAGACAAGGCAUUGUACAGAGAUCAGGGAAGCCUCUUCUUCCUUUUGCAACUGGCCCACCAACUGAAUGCAUGAGAGAUGAGAAUGAAAGUCCCAUUCCUUGCUUCUUGGCUGGAGAUCACCGUGCUAAUGAGCAACUUGGGCUGACCAGUAUGCACACCCUGUGGUUUCGAGAACAUAAUCGUAUUGCUACUGAAUUACUAAAACUCAAUCCCCAUUGGGAUGGUGACACUAUAUAUUAUGAGACACGUAAAAUUGUUGGUGCAGAGAUACAACAUAUCACAUAUAACCACUGGCUACCUAAGAUCUUCGGUGAGGUUGGCAUGAAGAUGCUUGGGGAAUAUAAAGGUUAUGAUCCCAGUGUCAACUCUGGCAUCUUCAAUGCCUUUGCAACGGCAGCUUUUAGGUUUGGUCACACACUCAUCAAUCCGUUACUGUAUCGACUAGAUGAGAACUUUGAGCCCAUCCCACAGGGCCACGUACCUCUGCACAAGGCCUUCUUCUCACCAUUCCGGAUUGUCAAUGAAGGUGGCAUUGACCCCCUCCUAAGAGGAUUGUUUGGUGUUGCCGGAAAGAUGCGUGUGCCAUCUCAGUUACUGAAUACUGAGCUGACAGAGAGGCUGUUCUCUAUGGCUCAUACCGUGGCCCUGGAUCUAGCAGCGAUCAAUAUCCAGCGGGGCCGGGAUCAUGGUAUCCCACCCUAUCAUGACUUUAGAGUGUACUGUAAUCUCUCCUCUGCUUCCACUUUUGAAGACCUGAGAAAUGAAAUUAAAAAUCCUGACAUUCGAGAGAAACUUAGAGGAUUAUAUGGCUCACCAUUGAAUAUAGAUUUAUUUCCUGCUCUCAUGGUGGAAGACUUGGUUCCUGGCAGCAGACUGGGCCCAACUUUGAUGUGCCUUCUAAGUACUCAGUUUAAACGUCUACGAGAUGGGGACAGGUUAUGGUAUGAAAACCCUGGAGUAUUUAGCCCUGCUCAGUUGACACAAAUCAAGCAGACAUCCCUUGCCCGAAUUCUGUGUGACAAUUCUGACAACAUCACUCAUGUGCAGAGAGAUGUCUUUAGAGUGGCUGAAUUCCCACAUGGAUAUGGUAGCUGUGAUGAAAUCCCCAAAGUGGACCUAAGAAUGUGGCAGGAUUGUUGUGAAGAUUGUAGGACUAGAGGGCAGUUUAAUGUAUCAUAUCACUUCAGAGGAAAACGCUCUCUUGAAUUCAGCUAUCAGGAAGACAAGCCUACAAAGAGAACCAAAGCACCAAAGAUACUAAGUGCUGUAAAGCACAGUAAGCCUUUCAGUAACUUCACUUCUUCUUCUGAUGAACAUAUGAAUGUGCCAGCAACAAAUGACUUCAAAGAGUUUGUUCUGGAAAUGCAAAAGACCAUCACGGGCCUCAGAAAACAGAUAAAGAAACUUGAAUCACGCCUCAGUAAAACUGAAUGCACUGAUGAAAAGGGGAAAUCAUACUCAAACAAUGAAAAAUGGAAAAGAGAUUCAUGUACUGUAUGUGAAUGCAAAGAUGGCCAGAUCACUUGUUUUGUAGAAUCUUGUCAGCCGACAGAUUGUCAAGCCCCAGUGAAGAUCAAAGGAGAAUGUUGUCCAGUCUGCUUAAAAAACACUGUUAGCAAGCAAAAGAAGCCAUAGCUGCCUGUAUACAUUUUGGGGGUGGGUGGGUGGGAAUGGGAUUCUCUGCUAAGCCACCUUGAGAUCAGGUGGCCAGCACAGGUAACUGCAGGCUUUAACAAUACAUCCAGAAUGGAGACAUUUCACAACAUCAAACUGAUGCUGUUAAAGAAUUGAAUGCUGUGUGCAUUCUUUAACUAGUUUCCCAGGUGACAGGCAACCCCCCACCCCCUCCCCGAUAUAAAUGUAUGGAAAGGGAAGUAGGUGAAUGGUUAUGUAACCUCUCUUAGGCUUCUCAGGUUUUUCUUUUGUAUUAAAUUAAAAAUUGGUGCUACUAUGAAAUUGCACAGUCAGGCAAACGAGGUCCCCCUAAUGAUUUACUGUGAUGUUGUUUUAAUUUAAACUCAGUCCAGUGGUACCUCUGAGCUUGUGGCCAGCUGAGUUCUCAGUCUUAAUGCAGAACAGCCCAGAGAAAGCAAGAGUUUAUGAGGACCAGAUAGGGGUGAAUAACAAAGAAGGAUGUGGAAAGAAGCCCAAUGAAAUGGGUAUGAAGUUUCAGACAACAUUUACACAAGAAAUACAUGCUUGGCAAGUUGAGAAGCAUUGUUUAUGAGUGUAUUAACAGUGGAACAUGGCCUUUUUAAAAAUUCUUUUCCCCCCCAAAUGAACCCCAAAGAGACUGGUGUUCCCGCAGUUUUUGUUAGCCAUGUAAGUGAUAUUUCAUAGGCCAUUGGCAUUUAAUCAUAAAUCAAACACUACUUUUCCUCGAAACGUGUGUAAAUUCCUACCACUUUUCCUUUUUUGUCUCUUCCUAAGCAUGAUUGUAAUGAAUAUAUGAACUCCUAUUUAGAAAUCAGCUGGUUUGAAUUUCUGACUGGCAAAACCACAAAAUGUUUUUUUUUAAGACAAUGUGAAAAUCGUAUUUCAUACCAUUCAGUGAGAUACCUAUUAAUUAUUGAGUGUACUGCCAAAAAGUUCCAGUAGACCGCCACUGCUGUUAGUUGUAGUGCCACUUAUUGGGGGUAAAAGGGCAGUAAUAGCCCUGACAUUUUGUUUCUAGCUUUUCUGAUUAGAUAUUUGAAUGUUGAGAAUUUAUUAGCUUCCAGGUAUGCUGUGCAUGUGUGGUCAAUCCCUAUACCUCAUUUGUGUGGGUUGUUUUUUUUUUAAACUUUUUUUACAUUUUAUAGACCACUGUCCACAGAUAAGUAUAAGAGGGGCAGUUAAACUGGCUCCAUUAUGCAAGAGUCCUUCCUCUUUUAGUAUUGCUGUUCUGAAUCUUUUGCCAUCAUACAUUUCAAUGAAAGGCAACUCUUGUACCUCACAUGAGCUUUUUUUUGUUUGUUUUAAACUUGGGCUUUAUUUGUGUCACUCAUCCCUCUCUUCCUGCCCUGCCCCAGUUCAACCCCAGUGUUCUCUGAACAUGAAUUAAUGGAAAUAGGUGUGAAAACUGCACAGUUGUUUUCUGUGAAAGCACAUAAGAUCAUCAUUUUGCAGGGUAGGCCAAAGUAAAUGGUAUGAUUCUUCCCAGGAUUAUGAGAGAAGGCUUUCUCAUGCAUGGUACAUUGACUGUGACUAAGUCUUGGGAUGAUAUGCCUUUUAUAAAUACAUGACAUAAUCUUCAUCAUUCAAAUGAGAGUCAGGGUACAGCCUUGGCACAUAGUGUCCUUUGCUAGCAGAACAUGGCUACUAUGCAUGCUGUGCUGUGGCACAUUUGUGAUGGGCUGCAUUUGAUAGUCUAGUUUUAAGAGGCUUCAAAUUGAUUUCAUGCACCGAGUUUGGGUUGACUUCAUCUUCCAUUUGAAUACAAUUAAAUGGCUUCAUCAAGUCUUUCUGAAUUUCAUGGGACAUAAGACUUGUUUCAAAUUCUUUGGUGAAGGUAUUUGAAAUGGGAAAGAUAUCAUUAAACAGUAGAGGAGGUUCUGUCAACCAGGAAAAGUUAAAUGUUUUUCUUAACUUAUCGUCAGAAUUUUAGGGUAGUUUUAAAAUGCUCAGGUAUAGAAACUAUAGCAAUGGUUUUUCCAAUCUUGUGGAAGUAUUGCCAUGUCUUAAUAGCUUCUUGUUAGGGAGGUAUUUUGUGGUGUGUGACUUAGACAAUAUAAAAGGGGGUUAAAAAAAACCAAAAACAUGCUGGAGUGCCUGACUGAGGCAUCUGUCAAAAUGAGUACGUUGUCAAUGAACUGAAAAUUAAUGGAAGAGCCGAGCUGUGCCUUGCAAUAACAUUCUGUAAUUUCCAUCGAAAUGUCUGCUGGAUCACCAGUUUAAAUUUUUUUAAGGACAGUGGUUAGUGCCUGGAUGAACUUUUCUCAGUAGCCACUGUCAGAAUAUUGCUUUAAUAUGUUGCAAACUGUACAUAUUUAUUUACGUUUCUGUUAUCAAGAGCAGAAUGCCCUUGUUAUGUUCAAUGUAACCAAUACAUUUACCAAAGAAAUGUUUGCACUGUGUAAUGAUGCUUCCCAGUUUCAAAUAAAUGGGCCACAUUUUCAAGUGGA